GGCAACCUGCCCUUCGACGCCACGGAGGAGGACGUGCGCGACUUUUUCGCCGAGGUGGGCGCGGCGGUGUCGGUCCGCAUGCCGCUCAACCGCGAGACGGGUGGCGCGUCCGGCAUCGCGUUCGUUGAGUUUAGUUCGCCCGAGCUCGUCGCCGCCGCCGCGCGGCUCAACGGGGAGGACUUGAUGGGCCGCUCCCUCAAGAUCAACGUCGCGGAGAGCAAGCCCGAC